AUGGACUCCAAGACUACUCCACAGACCGAUCUCCAUCACCAACAACCUCACCAAACCCAACCAACCCUCCAACCCCUCGCCCAACCACUCCACCACCAACAAGCCACCGAGAUCCCCCAAUCAGACCAUCAAAUAAACCAACAGCAUCCCAUCGAAAUGUCCGCUCCUCCACCUUCCUACGCCCAAGAGAAAACAAACCCGCAACACAGCAACGGCGCACCUCCAACCCACGCCCAAGGCGGUCCACCACGGAACCUAUACACGCAUGCGAGUCCGCUGAACACAUUGCAGAGCGUGCCGACGCCUGUAGAUUGUCCAUUUUGCGGCGUGCGAGAGCUGACGAGGACGGAGUUUGUGAGUGGCGGAACGACGCACGGAUCAGCAUUACUAUUGUGUUGUUGUUUCUGUCUCGGCUGCAUCCCCUACAUCGGCAGCUGGCUCAAGGACUGCGAGCAUAAUUGUGGGCAUUGUGGACAGUUGCUUGCGGUUUGGCAUCGUAGUGGGCGGACGGAGGUGAUUGCGCAUCCUGCUCGACAGGCGUAG